GAGGUGAUCGUCGUCGUCAAACCCGAAAUCUCCAGGUCUCAAUUGUGAAAAAGUUCUGGACCCAACAAGCCAUGCCUCCUCAGCUCCGGUAGCGAUUGAUACAAAGCGACCACACCGCAGCCAUGUUCACCUUCAGCCCGCUGCAGGGUGCCUUGACCGAGUCGGCAGCAUCCCAGUCGCUCUUGGAGCUAGACGGCGGUGUCAAAGUGCUGGUAGACGUUGGCUGGGAUGAGACCUUUGAUGUCGAGAAGCUGCGCGAGCUGGAAAAGCAAGUCCCCACGCUCUCGUUGAUUCUGCUCACCCAUGCGACCAUCAACCACCUCGGCGCAUAUGCGCACUGCUGCAAGAACUUCCCUCUCUUCACACGCAUCCCGGUCUACGCGACAAGGCCCGUCAUCGAUCUCGGCCGCACCCUGACCCAGGACCUCUACGCGUCGACCCCGAUGGCCGCGACGACGAUACCCCAGACAUCGCUCGCCGAGUCUUCCUACUCGUAUGCCCAGGCGUCGUCCGCAGACCACAAACUCCUCCUCCAGCCCCCGACGCCCGACGAGAUUGCCCGCUACUUCUCCCUCAUCCAGCCGCUCAAGUACUCCCAGCCUCACCAGCCGCUGCCGUCGCCCUUCUCGCCGCCCCUCAACGGGCUGACCAUCACCGCCUACAACUCCGGCCAUACGCUGGGCGGGACCAUCUGGCACAUCCAGCACGGUCUCGAGUCCAUCGUGUACGCCGUCGACUGGAGCCAGGCCCGCGAGAAUGUCUUCUCCGGCGCCGCCUGGCUGGGAGGCGGCCACGGGGCCGCGGGAGGAGCCGAGGUCAUCGAGCAGCUGCGCAAACCGACGGCCCUGGUAUGCAGCAGCCGGACGCCCGAGACGGCGCUCCCCCGUGGCCGGCGCGACGAGCAGCUGCUCGAGUCGAUCAAGCUCUGCAUCGCCCGGGGCGGCACCGUGCUGAUCCCCGUCGACUCGAGCGCCAGGGUGCUCGAGCUUUCCUACCUGCUGGAGCACGCCUGGAGGUCCGAGGUCGCCAAGGACAACGAGGUGUUCAAGUCGACAAAGGUCUACCUGGCCGGCCGCAGCGUCGGCAGCACCAUGCGGAAUGCGAGGAGCAUGUUGGAGUGGAUGGACGACAGCAUCGUGAGGGAGUUUGAAGCAGUCGCCGGCGGGACCCGGACCGGGAAUAGCGGUGGCGGCGCCGGCAGCGGCGCCAAGGGAAAGGAAGCCGGCCCCUUCGAUUUCAAGCACCUGAGACUGCUCGAGCGAAAGGCCCAGGUCGAGCGCGUCUUGCAGCAGGCAACAGCAACGGAUGAUGCCGAGCCCAGAGGCAGGGUGAUUCUCGCGACCGACUCGAGCCUGGAAUGGGGUUUCUCGAAGGACGUCAUGCGAGCCAUUGCCGAGGAUCCGAGAAACCUCGUCAUCCUCACCGAGAAACCGAGUCUCAACCCGGGCAAGCCGUCUAUUGCCCGGAUGCUGUGGGAGUGGUGGAGGGAGAGGAAGGACGGCGUGGCUGUCGAACAGACGAGCGGCGGCGACACGUUCGAGCAAGUGUACGGAGGCGGACGGGAGCUGGAACUGACCGACGCUACGCGGCAAGCGCUAGAGGGCACCGAGCUUGACGUCUACCAACAGUGGCUCGCGACGCAGCGGCAGCUGCAAGCGACAUUACAGACCGGCGGCGCCGCGACGUUAGAAUCAGCCGCCGACGUCGUGGACGACGCCUCGGAGACCACGACGGAGUCCGAGGAGUCCGAGACGGAGCAGCAAGGGAAAGCCCUAAACGUGUCCACGACGAUCGGUCAGGCGAGCCGCAAGAAGGUGCUGCUCAAAGACGAGGACCUGGGCAUCACCAUCUUGUUCAAGAAGAAGGGCGUCUACGAUUUCGACGUGAGGGGCAAGAAAGGAAGGGAGCGCAUGUUCCCCAUCGUAGUGCGACGGAAGCGGAACGACGAAUUUGGCGAGCUCAUCCGGCCCGAGGAUUACCUCCGCGCGGAGGAGCGGGAAGAUGCAGAGGCACAAGACGAGAGGCAGGAUGGGCAGAGGGAGGAGCAGGGCCAGGGCCUCGGCAAGAAGCGAAAGUUCGACGACGUGGGCGCGGCCAAGGGAGGAGCCUCCGGAGCCAACAAGCGCCCUCAGCCCAAGCGCGCCGUCUCGGACGAGCCCGAGGCCGGCGCGCUAUUGGACGGCCAUGCUGGCGACGAGCUGGACGAGCUCGAAGACGAAGAAGAGGAGGCGGUGGUUGGGCCGGCCAAGCUGGUGGUCAAGUCGCAAACCGUCUCGGUCAAGCUCCGCAUCGCCUUUGUCGACUUUAGCGGCCUGCACGACAAGCGCAGCCUCAACAUGCUGAUCCCGCUGAUCCAACCGCGCAAGCUGAUCCUGGUUGCGGGCGGCGAAGAGGAGACGCACGCGCUCGCCGCCGACUGCCGGAAGCUGCUCAGCGCGCAGCUCACGUCCGAGUCGUCCUCCCAAGCCGCGAUCGACGUCUUCACCCCGGCCGUCGGCGCCACCGUGGACGCCUCGGUCGACACCAAUGCCUGGGUGGUCAAGCUCGCCGAUCCCUUCGUCAAGCGGCUCAAGUGGCAGAACGUACGCGGGCUAGGUAUCGUCACGGUAACAGGGCUUCUGUUGCCUGGCGGAGAGAUGGCCGUCCAAGACGGUGCGGCCGCGGAGGCCGGUAGUUCUAAUAAUAAUAAGCACGGCAACGAGCAGGAAGAACAGGAGCAAGACGGGUCCAACAAGCGCCAAAAGCUCGACGGCACUCCCACGCCCGGCCCGGCCGAGCCGGACGGGACCGUCACCACCACCAACACCACCACCAACAAAAACAACAACAACAACACUUCCACCAGCGCAUCUACUCUGGCUACGACGGACAAACCGGCGACGCUCCCGACGCUCGACGUCCUCCCGCCGGCCCUGGCGUCGGCAGUCCGCUCGGCCGCGCAGCCCCUCCACGUGGGCGACCUGCGGCUGGCCGACCUCCGGCGGGGGAUGCUGGCGUCCGGGCACAAGGCCGAGUUCCGCGGGGAGGGCACGCUGCUGAUCGACGGCAUCGUGGCGGUGCGCAAGACGGCGACCGGGCGGAUCGAGAUCGAGAGCGUCGGCCUGCCGCUCGCGGCCGACGCCGGUUCCGGUUCCGGUUCGGGGGCCGCCGCCGCCCUGGCCGGGCUGGGCACGUUUUACGAGGUGCGGAGGAAGAUUUACGAGGGGCUGGCGGUUGUCGCUGGGGCGUGAGAGGCGCCGCACAGAGAGAGAGAGUGUGAGAGAGAGAGUGAGAGAGAGGGUGCUGGUCCCUAUACCGAGUUGGGCGGGAGAAAGAGAUGGGGACUGGAAGGAACGGGCCUGUAUGAGUUAUG